AUAAUUGUGUUUUUUGGAGAGAGAAAUGAUCGAAAACCGCCUGUCACUUCAGUCAUAUGUUGCUCUUUAUGGGUUGACUCCAGUCAUGGAAUUCUAAACCUCAAGUUUCAGACGAUCGUACUGCUGCUGUGCUACAAAAUCAAGUAUCCAAACAACUUCUUUCUGUUACGCGGUAAUCAUGAAGUGGCGAAUUUGAAUCGGAUCUAUGGAUUUCAUGACGAAUGCAAACGACGCUAUAGUAUCAAAUUGUGGAAGACGUUCCAAGAUGUGUUCAAUUGCAUGCCCGUGGCAGCACUGAUUGACAACAAAAUCUUCUGCUGCCAUGGGGGUCUUUCACCAACGCUUAGGUCGUUAGAUCAGUUGAAAAGGAUAUCAAGACCAUGCGACGUCCAGGAGACAGGCCUUCUCUGUGACAUUCUCUGGUCGGAUCCUGACUCUUCUGUAGUCGGUUGGGCACCCAACGAGCGUGGUGUUUCGUAUGUGUUUGGAGUAGACGUUUUGGCGCAGUUUCUUCAGAAAAUGGAUCUUGAUAUCGUUGUGCGAGGACAUCAGGUGGUGGAAGAUGGUUACGAGUUUUUUGGUCGGCGAGGUCUGGUCACAGUUUUCUCGGCUCCAAACUAUUGCGGUGAAUUCGAUAACGCCGGCGCUGUUAUGAAUGUGAGUGAUUGUUUCGUAGAAGCAUUCCUCAAAAUAAGUGGAGCAGUGGCAAGCGGCAUCUUCAACGUUCACACGGUACAAUGA